AUGACGAAUACAAGGAAUUGCGCGGCCACAGAGUCGAGCCGUGGUCUCGCCGUCGAUGCGUAUACUUUUGUUGGGAAGAUCGGAAGACAAAGGCCAAAGUCUGGAAUGGAUUUUGUGGGUUGGAAUACCGGUAUUCUAUCAAUCAACUGGGUCGGCCUGCUCCACUGUCAUGGGUCGGAGAAAAGGAAAGUAAUUGACGAAGUUACUGUCAUCAACAAGUCUGUGGCUGCAUAUCCAACUUCGCACGACAUUCACCACUCGGCAAAGUACUAA